AUGCACUCCACUCAAACCUCAAAUGUUAUUGGUGGUGUUGGCGAAGAUGGCGCAAAGCCAGCACAUAAUAGUAGUGUGAGUCUACCGCACAUCUCCCACAUAUGGCAAGAUUUGUAUCAGCUGCCAAAUCCACAACAUCCUCAUCGAAGUUAUUAUAAUCAUCAACAGGAUCAUUUUCAGCCAUACCCAACACCACAACGUGAGCCAUAUGGUACAACAGUUCAACACUAUGAAGCUUAUCAUAAUAGAAGUCUGAUACAACAACACCGUGAGCCAUACCAUAAUAAUAAUCUCACGCAAGGACCAUACCAUAGUAAUAAUCUGACACAAGGACCAUACAGCGCUCCUGACAACCAGCGCCAACACAACGGAAUGAGAUACCCACUACGUGAUGAGCGGUACGUCGCACCGUUUGACAUAGUAGCUCCAAUCAAACUCGAGGCUCCUCAAAGUAUGAAUACUCCAACGCCAUCGUUAGCAAAGGAAUCACCAGUCCCGUCACCGUCUAGAUCAGUGUCUCCAAAAAACAAAUCUGUGAAUAAUCGUAGAUGUGUACCUUCAGCUGAAGAUCAGCCAUUUCAACGAAUAUCGGUAACGGAUCUGCUGCUGCCUGCUAUCAGACUAGGAUUUGCGCCGCCCGGGUCUCCAGAAACAGCACGCUGUCUAAUCAAAGCACCACAAGAUGCCAUAUUGGUGCUGGAAGCGUGCCGGCUUGGCAUUCUUCCUCGAGUAACCAAAAGAUUGGCGAAGCGACAACGUAUAUAUGUAGUCCCUGGAUCUGUCUUUGUAUGGACUGAAGAGCCAACUGGUAUACGACGAUGGACUGAAGGAAAACACUGGGCGCCUUCAAGAGUCUAUGGCCACUUCUUAGUCUACCGUCAACUCGAGGAGAGUCGAACCAAGCCGUCUUCUUCUAGUAAUCUGUCAGUACUAGAUGGUGGACUUAUAAAACAAACAAUAUCUGUAGCUGACCGUCAUGGAAAUCGACAUCAUAUAGUGUCAUAUUAUACGAACGAUUUGGAGAGCACGAGUCUGCCAUCUCCGUCGUCGGUACCAGAACUAGCUAGUAUCAAAGUAGAUAUGGAUCUGUAUCCAGAUUGGAAGGACAAGAUCGCUCAGACUGCGGCAUAUGACGGGGAUAGUGAUGUAGGCAGUAGCUCGACCACAAGUUAA